AGCUGGGUCACCACCUCGGCCAGUCCCAGUCGAUCUAGCCUGUGGUGCUCGGCCUCUAGGUCACACCUGAUACCGUUCAGGUCCUCCUUCCGCGCUCGGUCUAGGUGCUCGCUGGUCUACGGUGGGUGGAGGGCGCGUCCCUGCUUCCCCACCCACACCAAGAGGUUGGCCACUGGGGACCGACCGACAGACAGACAGUCGGACGUGCCGGCCAAGCUGCCGGGUGGAGUGCGGGAGGGGGUGGAGCCGCCGGGGAGGGGCGGUCCGCGGAGCAGAGCUCAGCCUCCCGCUCCCUUCAGUGCUUGGGUCUCUGGGGGUGACACCAAAAGCUUCCGCUCAGUGUCCGGUGCCUGGCGGCGGGUGUCCGAUCGUGGAGGCGGAGGACAGCCGGGCAGGUGGAGGGCGCCGCCUGAAGCCAAAGGAGAGACGAGCAGGGAGCUGGGCUGCGGGAGGCGCUGCCGCCACUCUGCCCGCGCUGCCCCGCAACCUGCGGCGGGAGGAGCAGGCAGCAGCCGGCCCUCAGCGCUCGUCUAGCAGAGCGCAGCGGGCAGUGCGGACCCCCGGGAUGCUUCCGACGUUGCUGCAGCCGCCGGCGGCGUAACAGAGUCGAGCCUGCUGCUGAGAGAGGCUGAACAAAGCUGGGUCUCAAUCGCGCUUCCUGCUUGUCAGCCUCUUGUCUCCCAAACGCUUACUGUUUCCACUUGAUGUCAUCACGCAGAAGGGGGUGAAAGGGACGCGUGACAGAUUCAGAAAUUAGCACAUUUGUGAAUGCUCAAUGCCCUGUGAGCUUGCUGAUUCCCUGUUGACCUUGAGAAGAGGGAUCCAGAGUGGUGACAUUUGAGAACCGGCUUUUCCAGCUUCCUGUUGGCCCUGCCCUUUGACUCUUGGUCCACGAUGGAGACACUCUCCCAGGAUUCCCUGUUGGAAUGUCAGAUCUGUUUUAAUUAUUACAGCCCCCGACGAAGGCCCAAGUUGUUGGAUUGCAAGCACACCUGCUGCUCGGUGUGCCUCCAGCAGAUGAGGACCAGCCAGAAGGACGUAAGGUGCCCCUGGUGCCGUGGCAUCACCAAAUUGCCCCCAGGCUUCUCUGUAUCACAACUGCCCGAUGACCCAGAGGUCUUGGCAGUCAUUGCCAUACCACACACUUCAGAGCAUACCCCAGUCUUCAUCAAACUUCCAAGCAAUGGGUGCUACAUGCUGCCCCUGCCCAUCUCUAAGGAGCGUACACUCCUGCCGGGAGACAUGGGCUGCCGCCUGCUGCCAGGGAGCCAGCAGAAGUCUCUCACCGUGGUGACCAUCCCUGCAGAACAGCAGCCCCUGCAGGGUGGAGCUCCCCAGGAGGCUGUGGAGGAGGAGCCUGACAGAAGGGGCGUAGUGAAGAGCUCCACAUGGUCUGGCGUGUGCACUGUCAUCCUGGUGGCCUGUGUUUUGGUCUUCCUCCUGGGCAUUGUGCUACACAACAUGUCCUGCAUCUCUAAGCGCUUCACUGUGAUAUCCUGUGGUUGAAGUCUUUUACAGGGAUGCCUCUUGUGGGUACCAACUUAGGGGGUGAGCAGGUGUUGGUGAUGGGAUCCCUGUGAUGAGAUGGGGGUGACACUGAGCAUUUGGUGCAAGCGCUGGCCUGCAAUUGGUCACUUGAUUCACCUAAAGACAAGUGCAGAGGGUGAGGUCUCAGCAAGAUCCCAGGAGGACAGUUUGGAGAUGGUGACAACUAUGAAGAUGUUUGCAUGCUUCCUCAUAAUUGUGUAUCCAAUGGGCUGUAAUUUAUGAUUUUCCAAAAUCAUGGUCUCAAGUUAGACUUUUCUACUUAGACAUGAAAAUGUACAUGUGGGUGCAAUAGCUCUCUAAAUACGGUAGACGGUAGGUUAAAACAGAUGCUGUGUACACAAGUAGAAUUAAAUCUCAAAUCCAUGUUUAAAAAACAAAAACAGUGAAGACCCAGAGCUGGCUCCUAUGUGUGCAUGUUUGUGUGUGUGUGCUCACGCAUGCGUGGGUGCAUGAGUGUGUGUGUGUGUGUGUGUGUGUGUGUGUGUGUGUGUGUGUGUGAUUGAACCCUGGUCUUCAUAAACUUUUUAUACAUUUUGAAUGGCACCCAAAUCAAAAUAAUCAAAACAGACCUUUUGGCUGUUUGAAGAAAAUAUUUGCACACAUGUCUCCAGUGUGUUGUGCUUUGCCAAGUUCCUUCAUUUCUCUUCAUCUGUGAUUUAAGCUUGCUAUGUGCUUGUUAAGCUGGAAGCCCAACAGGCAAGUGAUGGACAGGGAAAUAUAUAGGCAAUGUCUAAUUCCCUAAGAAACCUAUAUGCCAAUCUUUCUCAAGCCAUCUCACAAGAUAAGAAUUUAAAGUGUAAAUAUUGUGAAUCUCUGUGUGUAUUUUGUGUGUGUAAUUCAAUUUAUCUCAGGUUUUUGAGUUUUUCCUGAAGAAUCCUGGGAGUAAGACUUUGUGGGCGUGCACAAGCCAAGUGUCUACAACACUAGCCUCCUGGCCGGUGCCUGGAUCUUUCCCCCACAUCACCUCCAACAUCCAUUUGCACUUUGCUGUGUAUAGUGAUCCUAUGUCAGUAAAGGCUCAGACAGAGCAUCAGAAGAACUCAUCAUUUUCCCUCAGUUUGGAGGGCUUUGUGUCGAAGUCACAAAUGUUGCUAAUCAAUGGCACACCUAGAUGGGCAUUGUAAUAGACACUCCUUGAUGAUCUUUUCUUGGAAAGAUUUUCCUGUAAGAGUUAACCUGCUUAGAAUUCAAUUUCAUCUUGUUGGAACUUGCAAGAAAAUGUUUUGUAUUUCAAAUGUUUCUACUGCCAAAAGUAGUAUGGUGAACAAAAAUUCGUGCUCUCUAUGUAAGUGAACCAGUUUCUCAUGAUUGCUACUUAAACUAUUUUUAAAUGUGAAUUCAUGAAGAAAGAUCUGUUAGCAUAAAAGGAGCAGUCCCUAGUCUGGCUGUGUGCAUUCUGAAAGAGUUGCCAGCGCUAUAGUCCUCUUUGAACUCUGUUUGUGGAAUGAGUGAUGUUUGUCAAGGACUCCACUCAGCUGUGUUCCUCCCUGCUGUUCUGUUGAAUCCCUGAAAUGGUGGAAAGGGUGGGAAAGGCAAAGGAAAGGAAACAGUGGCACAGGAUCUAAGCAAGGUCAGAAGCAGCCCUGGAACAUGGAAACAUGAUUGGCCUGCUGGCCUUCAUCUUCAAGCUGCACAACAGAUGUGUGCUAAAGUGAUGACUUUGCAAUGAAAUAAAACAGAGGAAUAACAUCUAGAGUACAACAAUAACAAUUGACAUGAAAAUUCAACAUCAAAUUAUGAGCUCUGGUUUUUAAAAUCUUUCAAAUUUAUAAGACCUUUAGAAAAAAAUGUAUCUGAGGGCUCAAACUAGAAAUUAGGUUAAAAUACCAUUUUAUCGUGUAAGCUAUUGGGCAUUAUACAACGAAUAAUCUAGGAUUUAUUUGGUAUUAAUAAUUUAGGUAUCAUUAGCUGAAUACUAUCCUCUAUUAUGUAACAUAAUAUACUGUUGGGUUAGCAUCAAUUUCUCAAACUCUCAGGCUGCUCUAAUGCAUGUCUGACCCACUUUCUAUUUCUCUCAGAGGAGAAAACACACAUAGACAAAAAUGUUGCAUAAAGGAUGUUGUGUUUCCAAUGGAUGUUACUCUUGCAAUUUUAAGCCAGGCCAUAUUUAAAUUCAUUUGUGAGAGAUAUCAGCAUACCUUCCUGUACAGUAGAAAAUGAGUGAUCCUAUAGUACAGUGUGCGAAAAUGUUCUAGUUGUUUAGGAGGCUAUUUAUAGAUACUAACAUGUGUGUUGAUAUGGUGUCCUGUGGUUUUUCUUGCAAAGCUGUAUAGUAAAAUUGUCCACAGAACUCUUAAAAAGUCCAUGUUAGAGCUGUAAUUAAGCAAAAUCAAUCUGCUCCCUGGUAGACUCUUGACCUUACAACCUGACAGUUAUAACCCAAGUCAAAGCUUUUUUAUGUGUGCUUGGUCUAAGAGACAUUAUUUAAAAUGGUUGAAAUGGAUUCUGCCUAUGGUUUGCAUAUGUGCUUAUUAGGGUGUGUGUGUGUGUGUGUGUGUGUGUGUGUGUGUGUGUGUGUGUGUGUGUGUGUGGGGGGGGGGCAAGGAGGCCUGCUAACUUCUAUAUACUUGAUGUUUCAGUUUCUUCUGGAAUUUACCCACAACACUAAAACUUUAUCUAUCUCAUGUGGGGCAAGCAGCCAGGGCUUAGAAUCACAUGCCAGUGGCAGGGACAGCAGUUGCAGCUGAAAGGAGGCUCUAGUGGCUUCAUCUUGCAGAUGAGCUCAUUGGAGUAUGUAGAGAGGAGUAGUGUGCAGGUUGUAAUUCUAUAGCAAGAAGACAAGACCCGUGUCCUGCUGUGCCGUGUUAUUCCUCCCGAGGCACACCACCUUCCCUCUCAGGCUAUGAUCCUUUACAGAGUCUGGGAAUGCCCUGUAAGUGUCAGCUAUUGCUUUAAGGGUUGUUUCAGAGAUUAAUUUCUUUUUAGAUAGCUUCUCUUUGGGAAAGAAAAGGGGGGGGGUUGGUUUAGGGAUGAAUGAAGGUAUUAAAACAAAACUUUCAAACCAUGUGAUUUGAAUAUUUAGAAGUGUAAAACAUAAGCCAGGAUCCUGCCCCCCAUAUGUCCAGGACGAUGAGUGUUGUGUAAAUAGUAACCUAUAAUAAGCAUGAAUUUCUUCUUUAUUAAUGAUCUUGAUAUAAGCAAGAGAAUGCUUACCGUGUUAAGUAGAGCCAAGUAUGGCACUUCAUACGUCGUCUUUAGAAAAAUUUUGUAUAAUGACCUGGGACAUAAAUUGUAAUGAUAAAGGCAAAUUAGUUCUGAAUUUCAGUCACACCUUAUUAUCAGGAAGGUCUGAGGCUUUUUUUUUUUUUUGAAACAGAAUUAAAUUUCACCCUCUGCAUUACUCACAGAGUGGAUCCAUUGGAGUUUCAUCUGUAUGCUAGUUCAGCUCUUGGAAUUUUCUAAGUCAGUCCUGUUUGAUAGAACUUUUGGGAUCGAUGGAAAUUGUUCUGUAUUUGUUCAGUGUUGUUUAGUAGAGUGGCCACUAGCCACAUGGCUGUUAAGCAAUUAGGUGGGGAUGACUGAAGAAAUGACUUUUAAAUGUUAUUUAAUUUUAAGAAAUUUAAAAUUAAAUAUUCCCAUAUGGCUUGUGAUCACAUUGGCCAUAAUGACAUCAGGAAGUUGACUAGUAACAGUUUGCCAAAAGAAAUUCCUUUCUAACUUAAAGAUGCUUAUGGGCUCCAAAGGGGAGGGGUAGUAAUAAAAUCUCAUCCAUUGCCCUUUGGGGUUAUUGCUUAGAGACUUUAAACUAAGGAAUGAGCAGUGAAGCUUAAAGAGAACUUUAUUAAGCCCCUUUUCUGAGACCAUUAGCUGCAUGUAAAUCUAUUGUCCAAAGCUCAUAGCUAGACAGUAGCUGUAAAAUUUUUGACUUGCAAGCCAUGCAUGACCUGUGCUGUGAAACUGUGUGUAGGGUCUUGUGGCCAAAAAAAGAGUCAAUGUUACAGAAAAUCUAAUAAAUAAAAGUCUGAUGAAAUCCCCGUUCACUUUUGAGCUCUUUCCCAACCGAAUCACUGCAUCAGUGAGGUGGGAAAUCCACAAUCAAGCAUGCAUUGCGGUGUUUACAGUGUUUCUAUUUGCCCUUGAAGUCAGCCAGUUUGUCAUGUAUUUGGUGUGGGCAUAUGAGGGUGCCAGGUUGGAACAAGGCACCACUUUUAGAGUGAGAUGUGACAUUGUUGAGUGUCUCUUUUUAAAUUUAGUUAUCAUUAAAAGGUUUGAAACUUUGCACAAAGGCACUUUUUACAUUUUUCAUAGUUAAGAAAAAAAAAAAGGAAAACGUUCCUCAAUGGGCUUUAGAAACUGAAAGGUUAGUAUGGCUGUUCUGUAGUUACUCUUCUGUGAGUAAAGGGGAGUGGAGAGUCCAGCUCAAGAUACAUUCCGAAUAAAACUCAGACUGUAGCCAAUAGUCUGGCACCCUUCCCUGCUUAGAUUUUGAUUUAAAGAUCUCCUGUCCCUUCCUUUGAAAAUCUGUACUGUGUCAGAAUUUCCUAGCCUUCCUCUUCAUUGCUCCCCACCCCAGUGUAGUGGAAGCCAACUGUGCUUGCUUUGAUGGAACAGAAUUGGGCUGAGUUUCCAAUUCUGCAGCCAUUCAAUAGGAAGCACUCUCUUUGGGGCUGGUCUUCAACUUGUUGGCCAAACGGUGUUUUCUUAAGACUUUUCUAAGUUAGGAGGCCGACAGUGAUUCAUAUACUAUGGGUGAUACACCCAGACAGCAACAAAGCUCCUCUCUCCUUAGAAGAAUGGUGUUAUGGACUAGGUAACAUUCUGGAACCACACCAGAAGUUGGCCAACUCAUACUCUGGACCUAGAUGGAGAAAUUACUUCUUGACAUUUCCACCAUAAUCAGGAAGACUUCAUCUGAAAAGUCAUUCUCAUACAGACAGAAAUUCCAGGCAAGAGUGGGAUCUCCAAGAGAAUUUACCCAUGGUAUCUAUUUGAAAGAGAUAGUUGCUGGAUCUUUUUCAACCUGAAACUCUUGAAAACUAAGUGGAAAUUCAAGCCAUUUUUCCUGAUACAAUUGACUUACUACAACUCUCUCUCUCUCUCUCUCUCUCUCUCUCUCUCUCUCUCUCUCUCUGUCU